AUGUGGUCGUACCUAUUUGGGUCGGGAGCCUCCAGCAAGAAUAAGGACGCCCCCAAGAAAGCCAUUUUGGACUUGCGGGAGCAUAUAACGCUCUUGGGAAAGAAAGAAGCGCACUUACAAACACAGGUUACUACUCAAGAGCAGUCUGCGCGACAACUGCUGGCCAAGAACAACAAGGUGGGGGCCAAAAAUGCGCUCAAGCGUAAGAAAACGUAUGAAUCUCAGCUGGUGAAGAUCCAGGCCCAAAUGGACUCGCUCGAACAACAAUUAUAUUCUAUCGAGUCCGCGAACUUGAAUUUAGAGACCAUGAAAGCUAUGAAACAAGGCGCAUCUGCCAUGAAGAAUAUCCACAAGGGUAUGGACAUCGAUAAAGUUGACGAAACCAUGGAUGAAAUACGCGAGCAGGUGGAGCUGGGCGAAGAAAUCUCGGAUGCUAUUUCCAGGCCACUGCACGCUGGUGCAGAAGUGGAUGAGGAUGAAAUAGACGAGGAACUGGCGGCUUUGGCUGCCGAAAAUGUCAAGGAUGAAGUAGUACCACCGCAGAGGCUACCAUCGAUACCACAGGAUAAGGUUUCCGAAUGGCACAGGCCGCAACAGGCUCCACAAGAGGCAGAUGGAGAAGAAGAACAAGCACAAGAAGAUGAGGAAGACGAGGAUGAACGGGCCUUGCGUGAAUUGCAAGCAGAAAUGGGCUUAUGA